CCUUCUUCUCUUUCUUCAUUUUGAACUUCUUUUUUUUUUUUUUUUUUAUUUAGCUAGUCCUAAUUGGCAAGAGAAUUGCUGACUAGAGCAACUUGAAAUUUGACAUAUCCUACUGUCUUAAAAAAAAUAGAUUAAAAAAUUGUGAUUUCUGAUAACACCUGCUUCAGUUUUGUUGGCUUUUCCUUGGGUAACAUGUUUAUGCAGAAGUGAGAUUUACUUUAUCUAGUUUCAUCCACACAUGAUGGAUUUAGUUGUUUUCCUUGUACAGAGGGAAGGGGUUUUCUUCAUAAGUGGAGAUGUUCACUUUGGAGAAAUUGCAAGAUAUAAUUGUGCAGCUGGUUAUCCUUAUGACAUAACAUCAAGUGACCUUACUCAAGCGGUGGAGAAAGCAGUAUCUCCACCACUGCGUUUCAUUGCCAGAAUUUUGGCAUGGUUAACUCCAGCUAUAAUGAGAAUAAAGGACAAAAGCUGCAGAUACCGCUCGUGCACUUAUGGUCAACCAAACGUUGGUACCAUUGAGAUCAAUUGGGAUUCAAAUCCAGUAGAUUUGAAGUUUCAUGUCAGAGAUGAAAAGGGGUUGCCAGUUAGUGCAUUGAAAAUCUCAUUAUCACAACUCCAAGGCCGAAAGAUGGACUCUGAAAUGACCAUUGGCUUGGGAAAAUUCCAGAAGUAUUGCUCUCUUUUAGUUGACUUACCAUGGUUUGUCAGAUACCGGCUGGCAAUAUUUUUCUUUUCCGCUUUAGCUGGUGUUGCUUCUAUCAACCAUAGGAUUCCUCUGCGCUGUCAGGUCAUGCUGCAGGAUAUGGCAUUGCAAAUACAAGUAUGAUCGAAAAUUUUGAGUGCUUGAGAUAAAAUGCUGGCUGUGGUUGAGUGAUACUACCACUAUAUAUCUCACAGCAAGAUCAUAUGUUUUUAUUGAGAAAAGUUGAAAUAAAUAGCAAGGGUAACAACGUUAGGACUUUGGUUUGUUCCUGUAUGAUUGCUCGAAUACAAAUUAUACGAACACAAAGGCUAAAAAGCGAGAAGAGAAGAAAAACCAGGUACAUAUUACAUUUAAUUAAUUACAAAAAACUAAUGUCAGCAACUUAUUACAUCUCUUUCUUUAAACACCUCGUAUAGAUUUUCUUUUGUAAAGUUGCAAUCAACUUUUGUUAUACAUUUAAGGCAUAUUUGUCGCACCUCCAGAUCAUUAUUA